AUGAUAUCUAUAGAGGACAAUGUGCCGAGCAGAAUACCACAGGCAAAUACCCUUAUUGUCCCAAAAGAUACUUAUCCUCCGGAGGAGAUCGUAGCCACCGCUCAAAAUAAGGACAUAGAGAAACAAACUGUCUAUGAAAAUAACUUCAUCUGUUCUGAUGGACAUGAGGAUGUCAAUAGUGAACAGCCUUACGGGUGGGUCGUUGUGGCAGCGGCAUUUUUUGUCCAAGUAAUGGUUAUUGGUACUGUCAAUGGUUAUGGUGUCUAUCAGGACCGGUACAUCACUCAUGAGUAUAAUACUGCAAGCACAUUUGAGCUCUCAUGGAUUGGAACACUAAACGUUGUGGGAAUGAAUUUAUUAGGACCGUUCACGGGGCAGUUUGCAGACCAUUUCGGAUACAGAAUCAGUGCACUCCUUGGCGCAGUGAUCAUGGGUGCGUCUUUAAUUGCGACAUCGUUCGCGACUGAGAUCUGGCAACUUUAUAUCUGUCAGGGCAUCCUAUAUGGUUUUGGGGCCAGUCUUGCAUUCUUCCCAUCCCUCAGCUUGCCAUCACAGUGGUUCAAAGAACGCCGAGGACUUGCGACCGGGAUUGCGGUCGCAGGAGGUGGUUUUGGAGGACUAGUCAUCUCACCAGCGACAACAAGUAUGUUUAGUAGCAUAGGAUAUAGAUGGACAGUUCGGACGGUGGCAUUCAUCCAUCUCGCAGUUUUGAUCCCGGCAGCUCUUCUUUUUAAAGCCAGAACAACGUUGACGGUGCCCAGGAAGCAGGCUAUAGUCGACUUCUCUGUCUUGAAGGAAAAACGAUUUUUGAUCCUGGUGGCACUUUGCUUCUUUGUUGCUAACGGUUAUUUUAACCCUUACUAUUACUUCCCUACCUAUGUGCAAAAGCGUGGCUCCAGUGUGUCGACGGCAUCACUUUUAGUCGGCAUCUUGAACGGAUCCAGUGCUGUUGGCCGAGUACUCAUGGGGUUGACUAGCGAUUAUAUCGGAGACAUCAAUACCUUGUUUAUUUCAUCGCUUAUUGCUUCGCUAAGUGUCCUAGUUGUUUGGAUGCUGGCCGGUACUUCCAUUCCAGUUAUGGUUAUCUUUUGUGUUAUCUUUGGCUUCUUUUCAGGAAGCUAUGUCGCAAUUGUCCCUACAGUAGCUGCACAUCUUUGUAUAAGUCGUUUAGCUAGUGUUACAGGCAUCGUAUAUGGAGGAAUCGCUAUCGGGACACUUAUUGGCGCCCCUGUGGGCGGGGCACUGUUAGAUCUUAGCCAAGGUGACGAUUAUCGUCCAUUGCAGAUAUGGGCAGGUAUAGUUAUGGCAGUCGGCGCGACCUUGAGCCUUGUACUUAAAUUGACGGUGAACUCGAAGCUAUUCGGGCGCGUUUAA